UGGUGAAAUUGUUUUGUUAAAUAUGGAAGAUGUUUGUGAUGAUUCGGUAUGCAAAAGUUAUUGUGUAGGUAGUAAGGGUGUACACAUGAUAACAUCCUGAAAAAAACAUAGGCCUAAUUAUAUUUUUUAUGAUUUUUGACCUCCGUGAGGUCAGGAUCCAUUACAUUUAUUUUGUUUGUCAUGUUAUCCUUUUCUGUGUCCAACAUUUUAUUCUAAUGUCAUAUUACCAUUAAUCAUCAUACUUAUUCACACAUUUUAGCCCCAACAGCUCCCAUCAGCCGCUCCUCUCUAGGUUUAGAUAAGAAAAUGCAUCUUAUUGGAUGACAGAGCAGGGCUGUGGUGUCAGGUGAUGCAGCGGCAGCCACUACUCUCUCUAUUUUCUGAGGAGAAAUCGCUGGUCUCUCAACCCGGAUGCUGUGCCACUACUAUCGAAAAUUUUGCCUAGUGCGCAGCGCUGUAGACAGAGCAAGGGGGCGGAAAUAUUUCAGUACCCUUGAGGCGGACAGCUCUCCCCGGAUCCACACGUUUCUGACUGCCGGGCUCCGGAUCCGAGCCUGGAGGGCAGAGGGAUCAUAAUUCAUACAAGAUAGGGGAGGGUGUAGCCGCCACAUUAAAAGCAAACACCUCCCUGAUCUUGCAAGAUCGUGACCACUCACACGCCGCUGGUGGAAGGGUGAGAGAGGGAGAGCGAGACGGAGAAAGAGAAAGGGGGGAGCAGUAUCACUACAGAGAGAGAUGGCGGAGUGCGGGCGGAAGGCGCUGUCUCUCCUGGAAGCGGCCCGUUCCCGGUACGAGAGCCUACAGAUAUCCGACGACGUGUUCGGCGAGUCCGGGGACGACAGCAGCGACAAUCCCUUCUACAGCACCUCCGGAGACUCCGACUCCGACAACUACAUAGGCGAGGAGGAGCAGCCGAAGCACCACCAUCAAAAACGGGGCGAUAAGGAGAGCGGGCACAGCUGGGGAGCGGGAGGUGGCAGCAGCGGAGCCGGUCCCCCGGGCUCUCUGUCCCGUAGUCAGGCAGAGGAGGAGGGCUGGACGGAGACUCUGCAGGAUGUCACCGUGCCGACGUACAAAGAGACAUAUGGCCCUGCUCAGAAGAUGCCAGCCACCGCCACAGCCUUGGAUUUCUUCCAGCUCUUUGUCCCAGACAAUUGCAUCCAAAACAUGGUCAUCCAGACUAACAUGUAUGCCAAGAAGUUCCAGGAGCGGUUCGGCUCAGACGAAGGCUGGCGUCCUGUCACAGCCCAGGAGAUAAAGGCCUUCCUGGGCUUUGUCACCUCCACCAGUGUGCACCGCUGUGAGUCAGUGCUCAGCAUCUGGAGCUCGGGCUUCUUCAGCAACCGGAGCAUUGCCUUGAAGAUGAGCCAGGCACGCUUUGAAAAGAUCCUCAAGUACUUCCACAUCGUCGCUUUCCGGCCAUCGCAGGGAAGCAACCAAGGCCUGUACAAGAUCCAGCCCUUCCUGGACUCACUGCAACAGUCGUUCAGCUGCACAUUCAGACCUUCACAGACACAGGUUCUUCAUGAGCCCUUGAUAGACGAGGAUCCAGUGUUCAUCACCACCUGUACGGAAAGAGAGCUGAGGAAGAGGAAGAAGAGGAAGUUCAGCCUCUGGGUUCGACAGUGCACCUCCACCGGAUUCAUCUGUCAGAUCUCAGUCCAUCUGAAGGAGGGCCAGGGUACAGACGGUCUGGCCACUUUGAAGAACAAGCCUCAGCUACACAGCCUCGUGGCCAAGCAGCUCUGCCAGAACAUCUCCGGCAAGAACACUAUCAUCUUCACCGGGCCGUCCAUCACGAGCCUCAGCCUCUUCACCGAAUUCAGCAAACAAGAUAUCUACUGUUGUGGUCUGCUGAGCACCAGGAAGAGCGACUGUACAGGCUUACCACAAAGCAUGCUGGUCUGUGGCUCCACGCCAGCGCAGCGCGGCCAAUCACGAGUAAUGAUGAAAGGCAGCAUGUCACUGAUCAGCUGGUACAACAAGGGACACUUCAGGUUCCUCACCAACGGUUAUUCCCCAACAAAACAAGGUAUGAUCAUUAAGAGGAAAAGUGGGGAGAUCCCAUGUCCCUUGGCUGUUGAGGCCUUUGCUGCACACCUCAGCUACAUCUGCAAAUACGACGACAAGUACAGCAAGUACUUUAUCUUCCACAAGCCCAACAAGACCUGGCAGCAGGUGUUCUGGUUGAGCAUCAGCAUCGCCAUCAACAAUGCGUACAUCCUCUACAAGAUGUCUGACGCCUACACGGUUAAACGCUACAGCCGAGCGCAGUUUGGAGAAAGACUGGUCAGAGAGCUGCUGGAUUUAGACGACUGCUCCCCCACACAGUGAGGAGGAGGAUGAGGACAGCAGGCGCUCACAACAAAAACACACACUCAGACACACACAAACACUAUCCCCACACAUGCAUUUACACUCUUCAUUACAGUUGUACAGACUCUGCAGUCUGUGUCUAUGUGAUUAUACUGACAUUACACAGUAUGUCUCUUCCUCUAGUUGUUUUCUGUGGUAUUGUAAAUAUUCAUUAACACACGACUGCUCACAGUAGAGAAUCAUGAGCCAUGGGACAGUUCACAUGCCUCAACUGCAACUUUUAACCACACAGAUUUACUAAGGAUUUGCAACAGGAGCUAUUUCACAAGCAAAGAUGCAGGCGGGAACGGUACGAUGAAACCGGGACAAAUUCACCCUUAAAUGAUGUCAGCUUCAAGUUUUAACUCUUAUCAAAGAGUGAAAUUAUUGAUAUGAGCCUGAAUCUCCCGUGUGAGUGUUCAAACAUGUUCUCGUCAGGCUUAAAAGCUACACGUAGCUCGAUAUUUACACUCUGCAAAAACACCUGUGACCCUGUAACAAAAGCUUAGUAAACCAGGAAUAUGGUGUGUUCACACGCUGCAUGCUUAAAGAAUCUGGACUGUGAUGUUCUCUUGUUCAGUGUGAAAAUGAUUUCUGCUCCAGGUGGGUUUUGAAACUUUUUUUUUGUGUGUGUAUGUAUUUAGCAAGUGGAACUGCCAUUUGUGUGCGCGGCGUUGAGCCUGAGGAUGUAAAUGUAUGGAUAUUGUGACCCAGAUGCGUCGUGUUGCUGCAUACUGUACUCGCUAGAGGAAGACUGUCAGGUGACAUAAAGCCACACCCAGCAGUGUGCCACCAAUUCACAACCUCCCAUUUCAAAAGAAAAGAUUUUUUUAAAAGACUCUUUUAAAAGGCGCUAUAUAAGUACAAUCCAUUUGGUUUUGGAUGUCUUUAAGCCCCUGAAAAUUCGAUUUCCAAUUUUGAGUAUUUCUCUACACAUAAAUAUUCAUGAAUAAAAAGGCAAGUUUGGAAAAAAAACAUUCUUAGGUUUUAUUUAUUAAGCGUUUAACACUUAAAAACUCACCUAAUGUGCUUCAUCAGGACUGUGUGGGUGUGGAAACAACCCCACAACUGUCAUCAGGUUCUAAUUUAAAUAUUGCUAAAUCCUGAAAUACAUGACCUCAUGUUUUUCCAAAAGCCCCACCCACUUCAAACCAACAACUGAUCCAACUUUGGCAGAAUGUAGGCUCACAUUGCUCAUAGUAAGAAGCAGAUUGAGAACAUAGGUUUUUUGGGGUCUUUUAACAAAAACAAUCUCACAAUAUAUGCCAUCAAAUCUGCAGCCUACUUUUGUGUCAACAGCAGCAGAUAAAGCCAUCUUAUUUGUAUUUUUUAUUACUCGUGUAGUUAACUGUACUUUGGCUUUGCAGUGCAGAACACGUUAAAAAUCUCCUUGAUUAAAUGCUCAGUAAGCCAGUGUUGCUAAGCAACGAGUACAAUCUUGGCCAGUGUGCAAGGGUUUGGAUAAUAUUGUUUGGCAAGAUUUAGGUCCAGAAAAUAAAAACUGACUCACUGGUGGCUUAUAAGAUGUCCCAGAAAAACCAAAUGAUGCAACAAAUCUUAAUGUAGAUAAAAGACUUUGGGGCUUUGACUUGCUUUCUCACGCACCCCUGGUCUCAAAUUGGUGCCCAAUUCUCAUCAGGAACUCCAGAAGUAAACUGACAUGAGUUAACUGUGAAAUUAUUUGACGAUUUAAAAAAUAUGGCACUCACUUUUGCAAAAGUGACACAUGAUUUUAUAACUGGAAAGUUACUAUUUAUGAGAACAUUUGCAAGUAAUAAUACCCAUGGCUAUACUGUCCAUUAUAUAUAUAUGUCUUCAGAAAAAUAUAUUUCAUCCAAUACCUUUUUGUCUGAAAUGGAAGCAUGGAUACAUAUUGGACACACAAAAUGAAUGUUGCUUUCUUCCAGGGGCACAUUUCUUGCCAAGUAACAUUUAAAUCUGGCAUCAGCCAACGGAAGUGUGAAUGGAGAGGCGAGCGUUUAUCUGAUUAAAAUACACUUACUGUCUUCAGACCAUAAAACUAAACCACACUGCUGUCUGUAGCUUUAAUGAGGACUCUACAGUCCACUUUGCUUUGUUACACAGUCAACAUGUUAUUGUCAUGCUGGGAUCACGUUAGGACGGUUUUAAGUGAAAGGUUUUGAUGUGUGCUUGCUCAAUCAGCAUGGAUUGAUGUAUGAAUACAUAUUACAGUAAGAGUAGAGUUGUCGAGUGAUUCGCUGGCAGGACUCAUGCACUUUCCCCCAUCACAGUCUUGCACUUUGAGGAGAAUUGUAAAGUUAGAAACAUGUUUAUUAAAUUAUUCUUUUAGGUUUGAACCCAAUGAUAGUAUACACUGCUCUCAGAAAAAUAUGGAAAACAUGGAUAGAUACGUUCUGUAAAUAUACGUAGAUAAAUGAAAUGGACUAUAUAAAAAAACGCCAAUGAAAUAAGACUGAAAAUUAAUGACUAUAACCAAAACAGAAAAGAUUUCCACUGUAGAUUUAGAGUACAAGUUACAGUAUGUAUGUGUAUAUUUUGUUUACAAAUUACUGUGAGUGUAUGUCCAUGAUCACUCUGUCACUGAGACUCAAGAUUGUGAUUUUUUUUAACUUUUUCACUAAUCCAAAGCAUCGUUGUUGUCAAUGUUGCUUUUGUGUGUGUGUGUGUGUGUGUGUGUGUGUGUGUGUGUGUGUGUGUGAAUGAACCACUGAAUGUUGUCGUCAUGUGUCUAAUCACUGUUCACCUUGGAGCAACACUGGUAAUCUCACCCCUGUCAUGUCAUGUAGUUGUCAACUCAUUUUAAUACAAUAUUUGAUAUCAACAAAUUACACGCACUUUUAGUAUGAAAUUGAUUGGGUCAUAUUAUUGGAAUGACGUACAUCUGUAGCCAUUUUAGAAACCCAUCCUGCCUGUUAGGCUGCAUACUGUAUGUCCUAUAUUGGUUACUAAAGGAAAAAUCCACACUAAUAAAAACUCUUAAAACAGUUACUAAAUAACUGUAAGUAACCCUUGCUAAUACCCUGCUGAAUAACAGUGUUUUCAAGUCUGUUGCACCUCUGAUGCUGGGUGUGGUUGGGUGUGGUCAGCAGUGUGCUCUGUUGCACUUGUAAACACACCCACCAGUGAUGUCACAGUGUACUGACAAACACUCUGGAGUACACUUCUACAUCACUGCAGCAAGCUGUGAUGUUAACCCGCUGGAGAUCAGAAAACAAAACAUUUUAAGAUGCGUUAAGUGUUAGGUUGUUCGUUACAGCAAAACAGCUUGAUAUCGCUCCCUGCAAUUCCUGCUUGAUGGUGUAUUUUUUCAGAUUCCCAGUAAUAACUGGCUAAAUGUGGACAUGGUGAUGUUGCACCAACCUAUUUCCAAUGCAACUUCAGUGAUAUUUGAUGUAAGAAUUAUUUUACCUUCCUAAAAUAUCAAUGAUAAUUUAGGGGGGAAAAAAUAGUGAUAGUCCCUGAAUAAAAAAAAAAGAAAACAAGCCACCAAUUCAUCAUACAUCAACAUUUAAAAAUCAUACAGGGAAAUAUACAGAAAAAUCCAUGGUAUUAAGGGCAGAGGAACCAAUUUCUCCACUGAAAUUAACCUCAGACGGCCUGAAUGCAUGUGUGUGUGUGUGCAAGGCAUGUUGUAGUCUGAGUAAGGGGCAUGGAUGCAAUCAUCACUAACUGAAGCGAAAGUAGACGAGGCAGGUUUAGGGAGUGAAUACACCAGAGAAAGAAAAUUCAGCUAAAAAUCGCAAAAUGGUGAAGCACAUAUAACUGUCAAGAGUAUCCUAGCAUGAAUUUUUCCUUUACAGUGUGUCAAGUGUGUCUAAAAAUGAGCCUCUAUGAUGGCUGCAUUUGUAAAUGGGCAUUUAAUCUGCAGCUCAUGGCUGAAGCAGGUGUCACACACACACACAACUUUAGAUGGCACUUGUCAAGGAUGUGUGUGACAUCCGCAGAGGUUUUCUGUAGUUCUUAUAUCUCUGAGCUCAGACCACAAAUCAGAAGAAAUUAUGCAUCGGAGACUCUGCAAGGCCACGAUUACAUGGCAACAAAUUAUAUAUGAGUAAGUAUUUGAAGUUUUUCUGCCCAUAUGGUAAAAUUGUUAUCACCCCAAUUGCAGACUGAGAGCUGAGCGGCUUCCUUUUUAUCAUAGAUCAGAAGAGAAGGGCAGAGGAUCCUCCCCUGUGAUGCUUUUGUUCAUUUAGUUCAGAGGCUCCAUUUUAAAUGCUCAGACUGAUCUCUCUACAAUUAUUCUAUCCAGACGUCUCUAUUGAUCAGCCAUGAAUCAGAUAUUUCUAUAGUGCCUUUUCCAGCUCAUUUUUUCCUCUCAUUGCAUUGGUAUAGAGUUGUUGAUGUCCUGAAAUGGAGUUGAUGUGAAUGACUAGAACAGAUUAGAUUUUAAAAGAUAGGUUCUAACAAAAUGAAUAUAGUAAAAUCCUGUCCUGCAUGGUGUGAUUAAUAGAAACUAGAGAAAUAAAUCUAUCACCUCUGCAGUAGAGUUUUAUAUGCUGAACGUGUUUUAUGCAGCCUUAUGCCCUUGUCCAAUUGUUGCAAUGACUCACCUCAAGUAAUAUUUCAGAUUUUCACAGAUGCACUGGAGUCAGCACUACAAUAUUAGUUUUUAACACAUCUCAAAAACAUUCAUAGAUCCACAUAAAACUUAUUUGUAAAAUAAUAAUAAAGGAAUAAAAAAAUACAGCAGGGGAUCCCAGUGAUGGAGGAAAGAGGGAUGAAUGAGCCCCACUAAAGUCAGAAAGCUUAACAUCCUAUUCCCAAAUAUAGCCUUAAAACAAAUUAUAACCACCAAUAUGAAAAGAGAAAUGUCACUUUGAUGGGUCAUACUACAACAGUGAGGACGUUUUUCUCCAUUUUCUACCUUUUCUCCUUUUACAAAUAACAGAGACAUCUGUUACCUUUUAUUUAUGCCCAUUCAUUUAUGUCACGUGUGCAAAUGGGAGUAAACAAAGGCAGAUGGGCAGGAGCGAGAUACUGUGCAUCAGUUUUGUCAGACAAAUGAUGAUCCCUUAAUCGCUUGUCAAAAACUCUUGUUUUGUGGUACUGAAACACAGUGGUGUAUAAGAUGAUUUCCAUGUAUGUGGUGUGCUGUAUGUGUCAGUGUGCCAUCUCUGUACAGUGCUUCACAGAUGUCUGUGUUUAUAUCCGGAGGGAGACAGUUGUCAUAAGAGUGAGUAAAGAUAUUUAAGUGAUUAGCUGCGGAUGUGAUAAAGAAUUAAAAUGACUGACCUCAGGGCUUCAUAACUAACUGCUGUACAAUAUAUUCACUUACUGAAAUAAUAUACAUACACUAAAUGGACUUCUACAGUAUAACCUUAUCAGGUGCUAUCAAACCACUGUACAAGUUAUAGUAGAAUUAGAUUUGUUGUUGUUGGGAGCUCAGCAACCAAAUAGUGAACACCAGGGUCAAAUAGUUCACAUUUUUCCAGAUAAAAUGUCAGAAAUAUUAAUGUUACCAGGCACCAAAAGCAAACUUUAACUGUCCAAGUGGUAGAACUAUUUCACUUCAUAUGACUCUGGUUUGUAAUGGUGGCUGCAGGAUGUUGAGUACUGUGGCCUAAAGUGUUAUCUAGUUUCACAGACGGGCCAGAAGGAUGUGUGUAUGUGCAUGUAAUGUUAAAAUUGGAUGGAAUAAUAUGUGUAAAAUAACUGGUGUAUGCUGGACCAAAUAACUUUCUAAAAUGUGUGUGGUGACGAGUUGUACAAGGCUGUCGUGUAAAUGUGUCUUCAUUAAAACUCGCCACAUGUGGGUGCUCCAUCGGAGAUUUGGAUAAGCUUAUUUCUCUGUAGCAAAUUAUUGGAAAUCAUGAGGAAGGCACAGAUUUAGUGUCAAAUGUGCAUCAUGGUACUUUUCACGUCUUUACUAAGCCUCUAUGAUUAGUUGCUUUGCAGUACAUAAUCUUUCCACAUUAGCUUUCAAUUCAGCAAGAUACAUUUGGAGCUAAAAUACUGCUUUUAUGAAACAUAUAACUAUUCAUUAUUAAACUUUUCAGAGUACAGUGGUAACCUAAAAUCAACUACACUCUGCCUUUUCAGAGUUAGGGACUGUACGAAAAUUAUUUGGGUGUGAAGGAGGGCUGAACUUUAUGUUUUACUUUUUAAAAAAGCAAGACCAUCCCCAGAGAUAUUAAUAAUUUCUUUGGACACUACCGUUGACUUGAAAAAACUACAACACCCUCCCCCCUCGAAUCUCAAAAUAAUAUAACAGUAUUGACUGUUGUUCUCUGCAAAUGACAAAACACACCUUUAUGAUCCACUUAAAGACCCUCCCAUACUCUCCCAGAAAAGUUAGACUACCCUCCCUUCAGCAAAAAUAAAAUAAAAUUUGACUCUCUGCCCCCCCCAUGACGAUUUUCAUACUGUCCCCUAUUGGACAAAAUUCACUUGUACACAUCUUGUACACACACACAAUGCAAAACUACUGUCUGAAAAUAGUAUUCUGUAUUCAGCUGCUAUUUAAAAAGUUGCCCAAACAAAACAAUUAACAGGUUUAAAUGUUUCAAAUGUGGGUGUGCUUGUAUCGUAAUGUGCUGGAUGCCUCCGUACUAUAAAUAUUGUUUGUUGUUUAACCUGGAGAGCAGUUUUAUGAUGGUCUGGCAAAAAGCCCAUCUGAUGUUUUCCAAACCUCUGACUGUGCUGAGAUUUUUCCUUCAGUACUCAAAGAACCAAACCUAUAAGUUAACUUAAGGCCAACCUGCUACACUGAGUAUUUGUUGCUAGGUUGUGACUGCACACCAUUUCUCACCUUGUUUAAUAUGGGAACUGAAUUAUAAAGGAUGACUCUGCUGUGUACGGCUCCCUCUGUCACUUGUGUACUUACCCCAGCUCCUACUCUUCCUGCCAAGGACUGAUGUUGUGAAGUGUGUGUGUGUCCACUCUCUACUUUUCCUGUGAGUAUUUUUCUUUUGGUUUGAAAAGCUGUCAAGGCCUCAACUGGUCUACAUGUGGCUGAAAAAAGAAAAAUUAUGUGUAAAUCUUGACAGCUUUUCCCCAACUAACAGUCACUGUGUUCUGUCUGGCCUCUCAGCCACCUAUACUUAAAGCUCUGUAGAUUUGCCACCAUUUUGCACACAUAGUAUCUAAUAAAUGUUCCUGGUUUGGUACACCUAUUGUGA